AUGCGACCACUGAAUGACCAGGCAAUCAUCGUUCAGGUGCUGAUAAGCCUGUUCCUCUACAUUGACCUCCUCAUGAUCGUCACCUUCUUCAAAAAGGAAGCCUUCCACUCCGUCACGCGCUACAUCUUCUUCGCCCACACCCUGAUCUGCGACUGCACCUUCCUCGUCAUCUCUGAUGUGCUGCUCCUGCUCAGCUACCUCCGCAUCAUCAUGCCGACCAGCCUGUGCAUGCUGAUCUGUGCUGUGGUGGUCAACCUGAACGUGGCCACGCCGCUGACGCUCACGGCCAUGAGCGUGGAGCGAUACGUGUCCAUCUGCAUGCCACUGCGCCACGCCGAGCUGUCCACACCGCAGCGCGCUGCCCACGCCAUCCUGGUCGUCCAGGCGAUGGCCUCGGUGCUCAUGCUGGUCACGAUGAUCAGCCUGGCGGUCGUCAUGCCGCUGGACUUUUACCUCUCGCGUCGUGUGUGCAGCCUGGAGAUGCUGCAGACGCACGCCUGGCAGAAGAACCUCACCAACGCCGUCUCGCAGUUCUACUUCCUGCUCAUGUCGCUGGCCAUCUGCUUCUGCUACGUCAAGAUCAUGGGGGUGGCGCGCGUCGCCUCCGGGGCCGACCGCAGCUCCAUGAACAAGGGCCUCCGGACGGUCGUGCUGCACGCUCUCCAGCUGUUGCUCUCACUCAUCCAGCUGUGGUGCCCCUUUGUGGAGUUGGCCGUGCUCCAGAUCGACCUGCACAUGUUUGUAAACCUCCGAUAUUUUGACUAUGUGAUGUUUAUACUGGCGCCGAGGUGCCUGGUGCCCCUGGUGUAUGGACUGAGAGACGAGAGCUUUCUGGCGGCCCUGAAACACUACGCGUUCUUUGGCUGCUAUAACAAAAUCACUCCUGUGACAAAAGACAAGAAAAAUCACAGGAAAGCGUCACAGAGAUUGCAGACUUAG